UGUAAAUCUUUCAUGCACACCGCAACCCGUCGACCCGAAUGCGAAACAGAUCCCGAUCCAAACCAUAAUAUAUUUCUAUUUUUCGAAUUUUUUUAAGAAACCAUCUUCGGAGGGAAUGGAGGGAAAGCGUUCAAGCUCACAACGCAGCGAUCUGCUUCGGAAGAUAAGAGAGUUUACUCGAUCAAUUCUGGAUGAUCUCUCGAUUGGAAAAUCUCCAGUGGUUUUGAUUGAUCGGUUCAGAAAUUAUUGCACAGAUAACACUGGAAACUGCUGUUGCAGCUCUGAUUUGUCCAAGGGCAAGGAGAUUCUCACACUUCAGAGGGAAUGUCAUGCACGUAGACUGGAUGUCUUGCUAAGAGUGCUAUUGAUCGUUCAGCAACUUCUACAAGAAAAUAGACAUGGAUCAAAGAGAGAUAUAUAUUACAUGCAUCCGUCUGUAUUUUCAGAUCAGUCAGUUGUAGACCGAGCAAUAAAUGACAUAUGUAUCCUUCUGCAGUGCAGUCGCCACAACCUAAAUGUGGUGUCCGUUGGAAAAGGAUUGGUGAUGGGCUGGUUAAGAUUCUUAGAAGCUGGAAAGAAAUUUGAUUGCAUAAAUGGCCCAAACACUGCCUACCCUGUCCCUGUGCAUGUUGAAGAAGUCAAAGAUAUUGUCAGUGUUGCCCAGUAUAUAUUGGUUGUGGAGAAAGAAUCAGUGUUCCAGCGGUUAGCAAAUGACAAAUUCUGCAACAAAAAUCGCUGCAUUGUUAUCACAGUAAGCACAUACUUUGUUCAACCCUCCGUAAAGAUCAAUUUUUUGACAAUGUUUUUUUGUCAGGGAAGAGGAUAUCCAGAUAUCCCUACAAGAAGGUUUUUGCGUCUUCUCGUAGAGAAGUUGCAUCUGCAUGUCUAUUGCUUGGUAGAUUGCGAUCCUUAUGGCUUUGACAUCCUGACAACAUAUCGGUUUGGUUCCAUGCAAAUGGCCUAUGAUGCAAAAUUUCUACGAGUCCCAGAGAUAGAAUGGCUUGGAGCUUUUCCUUCAGACUCUGAGAAAUAUGGUCUUCCAGAACCAUGUCUUCUUCCUUUGACAGCAGAAGAUCCUGAACUCUUGUCAGAUAAGAGGAAAACCGAAGCCAUUUUACAUCGAUGCUAUCUCCAACAAGAAUUGCUGCACUGGAGGUUGGAACUAGAGCUGAUGCUGCAAAGAGGAGUAAAAUUUGAGAUCGAAGCAUUGUCUGUGCAUUCACUUUCCUUUUUGUCCGAAAAUUAUAUACCAUCCAAGAUUCAAGUUGCAGAGGGCGUGUAACAGCUUCAAGCAUUGUAUGGCAACAAUUGCUUGGUUUUAUGCAACAUUAUUUGAGAGUUCCGGGUCAUGGUCUCUCAGUUCGCAAGGCUCCAAACUGCCCACCCUUAGGUAGGUUGGGAAUGUUCAGAAAAUGAAAAUGGGAUGAAAAUCAUGGUACGAGAAAAUGCCAAGUGAGGACUCUGAUGGCACCUAAAAUUGAUUUGAAAUGAGAACCAAACUGCUGCGUAGCUCCGAGUGAUUGCCUCCUGAAAGAUGAUUUCUGAAAAUCAAACAAAUAUUUUGUUUAGUCCUUCAAAAUAAAGUGCACUGCCUUAGUGCACAGAAACAUUUCGUCUUAGCUCUUCAACUUGUACUUCCUAAACGGGGUCACAACUUUGGCAAGCUGCAUCCAGUUGAUAAUCAAUCUAAGUUGAACCAAAGAGUAAUCA